GGCACAUCGGGCAGGACUCCGGGCAGAGGCACAUCGGGCAGGACUCCGGGCAGAGGCACAUCGGGCUACCAGGCUCCAGGGCAGCGGGCCACCAGGCGGAGCAGGACUCCGGGCUCCCAGGCGGCAGCAGCAGGCGCCGGGCCCCCAGGCGGAGCAGCAGGCAGCGGGCCACCAGGCACAAGGACAGUGGGCUCCGAGUCAACUGGCAUGACCGCUGGCACUGGGUCAGACAUUGGAUCGUCUGGCUGGACAGCGGGCAUCGGGUCACCAGGCAUCAAGUCAUUUGGCUCGACAGCGAGCACCGCGUCAUCUGGCAAGGCAGUGGGCUCCGAGUCAACUGGCAUGACCGCGGGCAGUGGGGCAGACAUUUUAAUCGUCUGGCUGGACAGCGGGCAUCGGGUCACCAGGCAUCAGGUCAUUUGGCUCGCCAGCGGGCACCGCGUCAUCUGGCAAGGCAGUGGGCACCGAGUCACCAGGUAUGACAGCGGGCACCGGGUCAUCAGGCAUUGGAUCGUCUGGCUCGACAGCGGGCAU